AUAAUGAUCCAGAGAAACAAUAAUAUAACUUGAUAUGAAUUGCUAUUUUUUUCCUAGUAGCCUAUAGCUCACAUAUGACAGGACACAAACUGCCUGUUAUAACCACUGAAGGGAAAACCCGAAAUAAUGCAUGGAUACAAGGCUAUUUUAACACGUGAAUGUAAUAUUGAUGAAGUUUUUUUUUCUUUUUUUUCCGGGACUGGAUUAGCUCUGAGUACUGACUGCAUCCGGCAGCGGUUGCCUUUCGCUUUUAUUGUCGGCGGAUGGAUCCCUUUAAUAAGUGAGUUGGAAGAGAGUGGAAGCGGCUUUUAGUUUAGCUGGAGGUGGAGGAGAAGAGAGGGACAAACACAGCACUUCAACUGAAAAGUCCAGUUAAGGAUCCCCGGCUGUCAUUCUACAUCCGCAUGCGUUAUUAGUUUCCACGCCGUCCCGUAGGAGCGAUAACAUUUAGGGUGCUGGGUAAGAGGAAGAGGGACUCCUAUGUCAGAGUUUUAGGAUGGCCAGUGAAGGCUCCACUAUUCCCAGCCCCGUGGUCCGCCAGAUUGACAAGCAGUUCUUGAUCUGCAGCAUAUGUCUGGACCGCUACGAAAACCCCAAAGUACUGCCCUGCCUACAUACCUUCUGUGAGAGGUGCCUGCAGAAUUACAUCCCGGCGCACAGCCUCACACUGUCGUGCCCCGUGUGCCGCCAGACCUCGAUCCUGCCGGAGAAGGGUGUGGCGGCAUUGCAGAAUAACUUCUUCAUCACCAACCUGAUGGACGUGCUGCAGCGGGCGCCUGACAGCUGCAGCCAGGAGGCCGCCGCUCUCAACAACAUCGCCACUGUGGCUACAGGCCAACUGCUCUCCUGCCCCAACCAUGGAGGCAACGUCAUGGAGUUUUACUGUCCGCCUUGUGAGACGGCCAUGUGUCAGGAGUGUACGAGUGGUGAACAUGGAGAACACCCAACUGUGCCUCUUAAAGACGUAGUGGAACAACACAAGGCCUCGUUACAGGACCAGUUAGACGCUGUCAAGAAGAGGUUGCCAGAGAUCGACUCAGCCCUGCAGACGCUGUCAGAGAUCCUGCAGCAGCUGACCAAUCAAAAGAGCUCCAUUGAGGAUGGUAUCCAUACUACCUUUGAUGAGUUGCAGAAGACUCUGAAUGUCCGCAAGAGCGUUUUACUGAUGGAGCUGGAGGUCAACUACGGCCUCAAGCAGAAGGUGCUUCAAGCCCAGCUGGAUACCCUGCUGCAGGGCCAGGAUGGUAUCAACAGCAGCUGUAACUUCACAGAGCAGGCCCUGAGCCACGGCACCGAGGCCGAGGUGCUGCUGGUGAAGAAGCAGAUGAGCGAGCGUCUCAUUGAGCUGGCCAGCCAGGAGCUUCCUCUGCAGCCCGGAGAGAACGACCAGCUGGACUUCAUCGUCGAGACGGAGGGACUAAAGAAAUCCAUCCACAACCUGGGCACCAUUGUAACCACUAACGCGGUGGCCUCUGAGACUGUGGCGACAGGCGAAGGGUUACGCCACUGUGUGGUGGGUGUCCCCACUUCCAUCACCAUAACCACUAAAGACAAAGAUGGAGAGCUGUGUAAGAUGGGCAACGCAGUCAUCACUGCUGAAAUGUCCUCACCUGAUGGUAGCAAAAGUGAAGGGGAGAUACUGGACAACAAGAACGGCACUUACGAGUACCUGUUCGCAGCUCCUAAAGAGGGGACUUUUAAUUUAUCGCUGCGUUUAUAUGACCAACAUAUCAAAGGAAGCCCCUUUAAGAUAAAGACCACCAAAUCCAUAGAUGUGUCAGCAAGUUCAGACAGCAUUAAGAAGAGGCUGAAGUCUCCGGGCAGUGGUCACAUCAAACAGAAGGCUAUCAAGAGGCCGGCCAGUAUGUACAGCACAGGGAGGAGGAAGGAGAACCCCAUCGAGGAUGACCUUAUCUUCAGAAUCGGUACAAAAGGAAGAAACAAAGGGGAGUUCACUAAUCUGCAAGGAGUGGCUGCCUCAACUGUGGGAAAGGUGCUGAUAGCAGACAGCAACAACCAGUGUGUCCAGAUUUUCUCCAAUGAAGGCCAGUUCAAAAGUCGUUUUGGCGUGCGGGGCAGGACUCCGGGUCAACUGCAGCGGCCGACGGGAGUUGCCAUCCACCCAAACGGUGACAUCAUCAUUGCAGACUACGACAACAAAUGGGUCAGCAUCUUUUCAAGUGAAGGCAAGUUUAAGAACAAGAUUGGCUCGGGGAAGCUAAUGGGCCCUAAAGGCGUGUCGGUGGACAGGAACGGCCACAUCAUCGUGGUCGACAACAAGGCCUGCUGCGUCUUCAUCUUUCAGAUCAACGGCAAGCUGGUCACCAAGUUCGGGAACCGUGGCAACGGUGACAGGCAGUUUGCAGGUACACUCAAUGGGCCUCACUUUGCGGCUGUCAACAACAACAAUGAAAUCAUUGUGACAGAUUUCCACAACCACUCAGUCAAGGUGUUCAACACAGAGGGAGAAUUCUUGCUGAAGUUUGGUUCUAACGGCGAGGGCAACGGCCAGUUCAACGCCCCCACUGGAGUGGCAGUGGAUGUCAAUGGAAACAUCAUAGUAGCAGACUGGGGCAACAGCAGGAUACAGGUGUUUGAUGGCAGCGGUUCGUUCCUGUCCUACAUCAACACAUCAGCAGACCCGCUGUACGGCCCACAGGGACUGGCUCUCACCUCUGACGGACAUGUUGUGGUUGCAGAUUCUGGCAACCACUGCUUCAAAAUCUACCGCUACCUGCAGUAGCCAUUAUCUCUCAACGCACAAAACUGUACAGUGUAUAUACACACACAUCCCACCCAUGCACUCAUUAGUUGGGAGCGUUGCACUCACCCAUUCAUCCUUGAAUCAUGCUGUCUUUGUGCCAUCAGUGUGACUGUGGCAUCCUGUCUGACCUCCUAAGCUGAAGAAACUACAGAGAGAAUGACUUGUGGUUUGAAUGAAGUGAGAGGAUCUAUGAUAUUCACGGACUGGACAGGCUGCUGCUGAUUGGUGCUUUUAGGGGUCCUUCGUAACCUUGUUCACAUUCCAUCUUAAUUACACUGAUUUGAAAAGGAAAACUUAAGCAUUGUACAUAUGUUAAACUUCUUUUGAUUUGCUGUGAUAUGGCAGAAAAACUGGAAGAAAAAAAAUAAUGGUAUUGCACUUGUUCCUAAAAUACUGGUUGGACACUGUUAAGUUAGAUUGAAAUUGAAGUAAAGAGUUCUUAGUUGCCUGAAAAAUAAUGGGAUUUCUAUUUAUAGUUCCAGUGACUGCAGCUUCCUGUUAAAUGCUCUGAGACUUCACAUUUUGCCUGUUCACUAUAACAGAAAGAUAAUCCACCUACCUAGCAGCAGGGUGUUUUAGAGCAUGAUUAGGCAUCUCUGUGCAUGCUGUUUUUACUGUUAAACACCAGAAAAGCUACUGUGCACUAUAUAUAAAUGUUUCAAGCUGACACUUAACAAUACCACCAAACUAAACUAUGAAUGGAAGCACUGUAUCAAACACAAUACUAUCUCUAUGUAAUUUUUGUAUCGCUUUAAAUUGAAACACACACACAUACACAUACACGCACACACACACAGUUGUUAAAGUAUGCUGAUAACUUCUGCUUAAUUGUUUUUUUACAAAAACAGUUUGUGUGUGUGCAAGACGAGUGUGAUUGUGUGAAUGUGUUGUGAUCAAUUAAGGUACCAAACAAAAGCCACUCGAUGUUCACCUACAAAUCUGCUGUGAUUAUUUGCUAACUUUUUUUUUGCAGAAGUUUGAUAAAAUAGCAAAAAUAGUGAAAAAUAAACUCAGUCCUUAGACGCUUCAGUGAAAACGUUUGUUCAAGUUGCAAUGCAGGUUUAGUCAAACAUCAGACGCAGAGCUGUGAUCACCUUCACUCCUUACCAUGUGCUCUUUGCCUAUACCAUGUUUUUAAAAAAAUCUGUAGAACUAAUAACAGGUUGUAUUUUAGUAAAAAAACGAUUUGUUAUCCUCAAAUAUGAAAUAUGUAGUUCCAACAACUGAGGUGUGUGUUGUAAAAAAAAAAGCACUGUGCUCCUAUUAUAACGCCUUCACAAUUUGUUUGUCCUCAAGCACAUAGUUUUCAGUACUUGCAUUUGAGUUUAGUCAUCCAUUUUUUUACACAAUCCUUAUAAAUUAUUUGUUUUCCAUUUUCUUGUUUAUAUUUGUAAUGCCAACUGGAAUUAAAGUGCCCAUAGGAAAGAA